CACAAUUCCUGACAUUUAAUCAGAGUAAAAAUUCCCUGUCUUAGGUCAGUUAGGAUCACCACUUUAUUUUAAGAAUGUGAAAUGUCAGAAUAAUAGUUGAGAGAAUGAUUUAUUUCAGCUUUUAUUUCUUUCAUCACAUUCCCAGUGGGUCAGAAGUUUACAUACACUCAAUUAGUAUUUGGUAGCAUUGCCUUUAAAUUGUUUAACUUGGGUCAAACGUUUCGGGUAGCCUUCCACAAGCGUCCCACAAUAAGUUGGGUAAAUUUUGGCCCAUUCCUCCUGACAGAGCUGGUGUAACUGAGUCAGGUUUGUAGGCCUCCUUGCUCGCACACGCUUUUUCAGUUCUGCCCACACAUUUUCUGUAGGAUUGAGGUCAGGGCUUUGUGAUGGCCACUCCAAUACGUUGACUUUGUUGUCUUUAAGCCAUUUUGCCACAACUUUGGAAGUAUGCUUGGCGUCAUUGUCCAUUUGGAAGACACAUUUGCGAGCAAGCUUUAACUUCCUGACUGAUGUCUUGAGAUGUUGCUUCAAUAUCCACAACAUUUUUCCUCUUCAUGAUGCCAUCUAUUUUGUGAAGUGCACCAGUCCCUCCUGCAGCAAAGCACCCCCACAACAUGUGGCUGCCACCCCCCGUGCUUCACGGUUGGGAUGGUGAUCUUCGGCUUGCAAGCCUCCCCCUUUUUCCUCCAAACUUAACGAUUGUCAUUAUGGCCAAACAGUUCUAUUUUGUUUCAUCAGACCAUCAGACCUCCAAAAAGUACGAUCUUUGUCCCCAUGUGCAGUUGCAAACCGUAGUCUGGCAUUUUUCUGCCGGUUUUGGAGCAGUGGCUUCUUCCUUGCUGAGCGGCCUUUCAGGUUAUGUCGAUAUAGGACUCGUUUUACUGUGGAUAUAGAUACUUUUGUACCUGUUUCCUCCAGCAUCUUCACAAGGUCCUUUGCUGUUGUUCUGUGAUUGAUUUGCACUUUUCGCACCAAAGUACAUUCCUCUCUAGGAGACAGAAUGCGUCUCCUUCCUGAGCAGUAUGACGGCUGCAUGGUCCCAUGGUGUUUAUACUUGCAUACUAUCUGUUUGUACAGAUGAACGUGGUACCUUCAGGCUUUUGGAAAUAGCUCCCAAUGAUGAACCAAACUUAUACUUGCAUACUAUCUGUUUGUACAGAUGAACGUGGUACCUUCAGGCUUUUGGAAAUAGCUCCCAAUGAUGAACCAAACUUGUGGAGGUCUACAAAAAAAAAAUUCUGAGGUCUUGGCUGAUUUCUUUUGAUUUUCCUAUGAUGUCAAGCAGAGGCACUGAGCUUGAAGGUAGGGCUUGAAAUACAUCCACAGGUACACCUCCAAUUGACUCAAAUUAUGUCAAUUCGCCUAUCAGAAGCUUCUAAAGCCAUGACAUCAUUUUUUUGAAUUUUCCAAAAACCCACUGGAAUUGUCAUACAGUGAAUUAUAAGUAAAAUAAUCUGUAUUUAAACAAUUGUUGGACAAAUUACUUGUGUCAUGCACAAGGUAGAUAUCCUAACCGACUUGCCAAAACUAUAGUUUGUUAACUGGAAAUGUGUGGAGUGGUUGAAAAACGAGUUUUAAUGGCAGGCACAAGGUAGCCGACUUGCCAAAACUAUAGUUUGUUAACUGGAAAUGUGUGGAGUGGUUGAAAAACGAGUUUUAACAUCUAAGUGUAUGUAAACUUCCGACUUCAACUGUAGGCUAUUUUUUAUUUGACUGAAAUAAAUAUAAGCCUAUCAUUUUCUUUUUUUUAAAUUUUAUCCCCUUUUCUCCCCAAUUUUCGUGGUAUCCAAUCGCUAGUAAUUACUAUCUUGUCUCAUCGCUACAACUCCCGUACGGGCUCGGGAGAGACGAAGGUCGAAAGCCAUGCGUCCUCCGAAGCACAAACCUAGCCGCACUGCUUCUUUAACACACGCGCCUCCAACCCGGAAGCCAGCCGCACCAAUGUGUCGGAGGAAACACCGUGUACCUGUUCCCCUUGGUUAGCGCGCACUGCGCCCGGCCCGCCACAGGAGUCGCUGGAGCGCGAUGAGACAAGGAUAUCCCUACCGGCCAAACCCACCCUAACCCGGACGACGCUAGCCCAAUUGUGCGUCGCCCCACGGACCUCCCGGUCGCGGCCGGCUGCGACAGAGCCUGGGCGCGAACCCAGAGACUCUGGUGGUGCAGUUAGCACUGCGAUGCAGUGCCCUAGACCACUGCGCCACCCGGGAGGCCAUCAUUUUCUUAAGUGAAAUGCAUGCUUAUGGUGAUGAUUAUUUUUUGUCAAGAAAUUUUAAAUAUCAAAAAGACAACCUUCUUACAUUGGAUGAAUAAUAACCAAGUACCGGUAAUUGAUUUGAAAGUGAAAGUUCCUGGAUAAACCACCAGGGUGCGCCACGGUACCCGAGAUCAUCAUUCCGCCGAGGACCCUCCCAUUGGUGGCAAGUUUUGUUACUGCAAUAAUCUGAUUGGAUGGGGGAGACCGUUAUUGUAUGUCUGACUGGCUAGACUGCUUGAUUUACCAGCUGACGGGGGGAAGUUGGCGUGGAUCACUGACAUUAAACCAAACGAUUAUUUGAUCAUCCUGCGUCGCAGUGUGUAUAAUCAUAAUUUGUAGACUUGGGAUCUCGCAAUGAAGACAGAUGAUGCUCAGUAACCAAGCCAGACGCCAAUGAAAGAUAACCGUCUGCUGCCAUGACAACCAGUCGCUGCACUCUGUUGCCGGAGGUGCUGCCAGAGCGUUCUGACUCUGCCCACACAGUGAGCUGCUUGAGCGACAGGGACUUUGAUCCAAUGGGUAGCCUGGACUACCCGACAGAGCCUGACCUCCCAGGAAAAGCAAUUGAAGAGCAGAGCAGUCCGGCCAAUGGAGAGCCGCAGUACUACAUGCAAGUGUCUGCCAAGGAUGGGCAGCUGCUGUCACCUAUCGUGGGAGCGUACGCUAAACAGAGCCCUCUGCCUGAGCGGCCCAUGUGUCGGAUCUGUCAUGACGGAGGGGGUCAGGAGGAGCUGCUCUCCCCCUGUGAGUGUGCAGGGACCCUGGGUACCAUCCACCGGAGCUGCCUGGAGCACUGGCUCUCUGCCUCUGGCACCAGCGCUUGUGAGCUCUGCCACUACCAGUUCACUGUACAGAGGAAGAACCGGCCACUGAUGGAGUGGGUGCGUAACCCGGGCCUGCGCCAGGAAAAACGGACGCUGUUCGGCGACAUGGUGUGCUUCCUGCUCAUCACGCCUCUGGCCACAAUAUCGGGGUGGCUGUGUCUGCGGGGGGCCGUGGACCACCUGCACUUUUCCAGCCGCCUGGAGGCCGUGGGCCUCAUUACCCUUACCGUGGCCCUCUUCACCAUCUACCUCUUCUGGACCCUGGUGUCGCUCAGGUAUCACUGUCGGCUGUACAACGAAUGGCGGCAGACCAAUCAGAGGGUGGUGCUUCUCCUCCCCAGGUCACAUGGUGAACAGUCUGCUCCGCCCUCUUCACGAGGCCCAUCUCGUGAAAAAUGGCCAUCCAAAGAGACUAUUGUCUGAGCAGCCCUCUCGUCAAAAGCCAUGAAGGAGAAACACUGAGGAAGAAUGGGGAUAGUUCCAUAGGCGCCGGAACAGUAUUUGCUUCUGGUGCCCUCCAGUGCUGAACUUUGAAGUGCCCACACGUGUGGAAUUGCCACCAAAUGUCAUUAACUUAAAAUGCAGCAUUACAUCCCACCACUGCCACCAAAAUGUCAUACAGAGAUGGACAGGUACAUUUGGUGAUAUAGAUGGGGUGGAGUGCGUAGUUGGUUAUAAAGCAUUUGGACUGAAGGACAGCCAGGAAAAGUUUGCCACUGUGACCAUUACAUGCUGUGAUUGGUGAUUCCUGUGAAGUGCAGAAAACAUUGUGUCCGGUUCAUAUAACAUACCAACAUAAUCCUGUGUAUAGUAUUAGUCACAUUCUACCAAUCAACAAGUCAAAGCCCAGAGUGUAAAUAAGUACUUCAACUACUUCAGUAUUUUACAUAGCAUUAAACUGUUACCUUUACCUACAUGUGUGGGUCUCUGUGCCUCAAACCAGGGUCAUGUUCAUUAUGCACCAAACAGAAAACUUACUGAAACAGUGAGGGACUACCUGGACUUAUCCAGUAAGACUCAUUUUUCAUUCUGUUUCAAAAGUAUUUCAAACGUUUCACUACGGUGUGCCCUGCUGAACACGAUCCAACUUAAGACAGGCUUAGUGGAGUGUUAAACAGGGCAUAGGUUGAUAGGGCUCAGUCUUUCUUUGCAACACCUUCAUUAACAGUUUAAGUACAUUGACCUUAACAUAUCAAAAGGGACAUUUUGAAUUAAUUUAUAUUUUGGCUACAAAGUAGUUUUGUGUGAAAAAUACAAUAUGGUCUCAGUUGAGAACUGGUUGACUGUGGUAUAUGUUAAUAUUUUGUGUUAGUCAUUCACUUCACUUACAAAUAGCUGUGUUUGUUAGACAUCCCAUCUUUGACUCAUGAGUGGUCAUUGUGUUGAUUUUCUAGUCACUGCCUUGUAAAGUAUUCUUCUGUGAUAGUUCUCUUCCUAGAAAUGGUUGUAUAGCCAAGACUAUUCAGGUUGAUUAGAAGGGCCAAAAACACUUACAUUUUCUGUCUAGGGAACUUCUUGUUAUACCAGAUGCAUUAACCCAUCAAAGUAUAUUUUUUAAAUCAUAGAGUACAUGGUGCACUUAACUCUUCAGCAUCUUCAUUUGAUUAAAUGUCGGGAUUCACUAGGCCACACAUUGAGCUUGUUGGUGAAGUGGAAUAAACUUCCGUUAUGUUUGUGUGUCCGGAUGGCAUUUUGAUAAUGUAUUUCCUCUACAGUUAUUUUAUCAGCUGUUUCCAAUAAAAAUAUGAACUUA